AUUUCGGUGAUAUUUUCUGCGAACUGGCCGCUCACGAGUCGCAUGCAAAUGCAAACGAGGCGUUUACCGUAUUCGGUGAAGCUCACCGUCAACUAAGCAAGAAACAGAGCGAUUCACUGAAGAACCUGCGGCCGCUUAUUGCUGAUCUCGUCACAUACGUGGACAAAGUAGUUCCUGAUACUCAACUCACUGUGAAAAAUACAAGUAAAAAAAUGUUGAGAAGGGAUGGGUAUCAAAAUCAAAUCAAGGACAAAUCAGAACUCACUGUAAUUUUCAUGUUGGCGCUCACUAGUGAAGUGAGCGCCAACAUGAAUAUAUGCAAUUAUAUCACGAAAAAAGAAGAGAACAUCCAGAAAAUGGAAAGUGAUAGCAAUUUCUAA